AGUUAUCGUGUUUUUCAGGUUCCAGAUGGGGAUGAUUUCUUUGCGAUGUGCUUCAUUCGUUUUUGUGCUGCUGUUCAAUGUAGCUUUUGCCCUUAUCCAAUCUCCACCCACAAUGAUCAAGCAGCCGCCAGAUGAUGAGCUUCUGUUUCAAGUAGCGGAAAGACAGGACGAAUUGGACAAACCGUUUAUUAUUGAGUGUGAAGCCGCUGGUGAACCCCCACCAACUUAUUCUUGGAUCAAGAAUGGGAAAAAAUUCGAAUUUCAACCGUAUGACACGCGAAUCUCCCAGCAACCCGGAAGAGGAACUUUGGUCAUCACAAAGCCGCGUGAUGAAGAUCUUGGCUACUAUCAGUGUUUUGCCACAAACACGUGGGGUACUGCCAUGUCGAACUCCGUACAUGUACGGAAAUCGGAAUUGAGUGCCUUCAAGGAGGAGAAGUAUAAAACUUUGGAUGUUGACGAGGGCAAGCCAUUUAGCUUGACAUGUAAUCCGCCCGAUGGCUAUCCAAAGCCACAAGUUCAUUGGAUUAUCCAGUCCGACAGUGGCGCUCUGCGGAGUAUUAAUUCUUCACGACUGACGAUGGAUCCUGAAGGAACUCUUUGGUUCUCCAACGUUACGAGGGAAGAUGCUAGUUUUGAUAAAGACUUCCGAUACGCGUGUAGCGCGACAUUACCAUCCAAGAAGGAAUACAAAGUUGGUAACUUCGUGAACUUGCGGGUACUUGCUUCAGGCAGUUCAGGCGGCCAAAAUAAAUACGCUGUAACUCGUCAGUACGUGAGCAGGAAGAACUUCAAUGCUGUACGAGGACAGCAAGCAGAGCUUUGGUGCAUUUUCGGUGGAACGCCUUUGCCUGAUAUUCGAUGGAGGAAAAAAGGAGGCCCAAUGAAAUGGGGUCGCUCGACGACGACCAAUUAUGGGAAGACGCUUGUUCUGAACUACGUAGAUUUCGAGGACGAAGCACAAUACGAAUGUACUGCGACAAAUGGGGUCGGAAGUGCGAUGUCUUACUCCAUUGACGUCAAGGUGGAUGCUAAGCCAACCUUUACGGUUGAGCCCGAGUCGGCUAAUGGUGCCGAAGGAGAAACAGUUCGAUUCAGAUGCGAAGCUGACGGUGUACCGAAACCAAAAAUUGACUGGUAUCACAACGGACUGCCGAUUUUCAACGCGAAGACGAAUCCGCGGCGAACCAUAAGUCCCAACGAAAUUAUGAUCGUGAAUUUGGAGAAAGAAGAUACAGGGAACUAUGCUUGCAAUGCUUCCAACACACUCGGAUAUGUGUUCAAGGACGUGUAUAUCAAUGUCUUGGCCCUUCCUCCGAGCUUUGAGACGUUGCCGAAAGAUAUCACGACUGUCACCGGACAACCAGUAACUCUAUCCUGUCGAGUCACUGGGGCGCCCAAACCCCUGGUGAAAUGGCUGAAGGGUGGACAGGAGUUGACCGGUGGUCGUUUCAGGCAAAACGACGUCAACGAUCUUGUGAUAGAAGACGUUCGAUUUGCCGAUGCUGGAGUGUACACAUGUCGGGCUGAGAAUAAAUUCAACGUUACGCAAGCGUCUGCAGCUUUGCUCGUGAAAGAUCGGACCGUGAUAAAGGACCGGCCCGCGAAUUAUGAAGUCGCUGCGGGACGAACGGCAACGUUCCGGUGUGACGCGGUUGCCGACUCGAGUUUAACCUUAUCCAUAACGUGGGAGAACCAGGACAGGAAAAUAGAUUUUGACACCGAGUCAAGAUUCAUUCAAGCGCAGGACAUGUCGUUGACGAUCACAAAGACUGAUGAGCUAGAUUCCGGAACUUAUACUUGUGUCGCGUCGACCGAACUUGACUCUGUGCGUGCCUCCGCCACGCUGGUUGUGCAAGAUGUACCGAAUGCGCCCAAAAUCACGUCCGUCGUUUGUACAGACAAAGAUGCGACGAUUUCUUGGCAGCCUAUGGGUGACAACCGGGCUCCAAUCCUCACCUAUGUCAUUCAGUACAAUACUUCCUUCACGCCUGACUCGUGGGAGGAAGCGUUUGACUCCGUUCCUGCUGCUGAUAAUUCCUUUAAGGUAUCUCUAAGUCCGUGGGCAACGUAUUCUUUCCGCGUGAUCGCGAAAAACAAAAUCGGUCCUUCGCUGCCUUCCGAUGCUUCUAAAGAGCACUGCUCUACUUCUGAGGAAGUGCCACACAAGAAUCCGGAGAAUGUUGUGGGCCAAGGAGACCGGCCGGAUAAUCUCGUCAUCCGGUGGACGCCGAUGCCCCAAAUAGAUCACAACGCGCCGCGGUUCAAGUAUGUCGUUAUGUACAAGAUGGAUGAGCCGUCUUCUCAGUGGGAUCUGCUUGAAAUUGAUGAUUGGCGACAGAAUAAGCUUGUAAUCCCGAAUCAGCCGACUUUCCGGCGGUACCUGAUAAAAGUUGAGGCGCAUAACGAGAAUGGGGAGAGCAAUAUCGCCCCCAACGUCGUCAUCGGUUAUUCUGGGGAAGAUGUUCCCUUGGAGGCCCCGACUGGUUUCUGCGAGGAGAAUGUCGUGACACCGAUCGAUCACAAGACUGCGCUUUUCAAAUGGAAUCCGGUGAAUCCCGACUCGUUGCGAGGACAUUUCAAAGGAUACAAGUUCAAGAUAUGGAGUAGAAAAUUGGGCGAGGCGAACACGAGGGAAGUCAAAGUGACGAAGACAGCUACGGACGCUGUCGUGGAGAAGUUAUUCCCCUUCGACGAAAACGUCGUGACGCUGAGAGUAUACAACGGAAUGUACGAUGGGCCCCCGUCGACCGAGUGCAGGAUUAUUACGCCCGAAGGACCUCCGGGGCCCGUGGAUGACAUGAGAGCCACGCCGCUGGGCAGCUCCGCAUUCCUGCUGACAUGGAAGCGACCGAAGCAGACGAACGGAAUCCUUUUGGGCUACAAAAUCUAUUUCCAGGAAGUCCACGGCACUCAGCUGGGUCCUAUCGUCGAACGCGCUCGCGCCAUAAAUGAUCCACGCGUGACUCAAGCCAAAUUGCCGGGCUUGCAGCCGGGUACUCGUUACCGCGUCACCAUCAAAGCCUACACUGGAGCAGGGGAAGGGCAGGAGUAUUUCAUUGAAGAAACGACUGGGAGCGGGGCUUCCGGUAAACCUGAUCCGCCGACUUUUAUGUGGGACCAUUUGCCACCAGAGCCGGAGUCAGGGUCCGCGGGUGUGCGGAUUACAUGGUUGCCGAAUUCUGAAGGAAAGCCGGGGUCGCACUUCUUUGUGCAAUACAAAAAACGCGGGGAAUCGCAAUACUCGGAGACGCAGCCUGAGAUGUUCGAACACUUCAUGGAGGUGAGAGGAUUGGAUCCGGGCGAGAUAUACGAGUUUCGCGUUGCAUCAGUGGACGGCAAGGCCUUUGAAUUCUCCGAUCCUCGUGAAAUUUACAUGGCUACCGAAGGCGGACUGUUGGUAAGCUCGAACAACAUAGCAACAGCCGGAUGGUUCGUCGGCAUGAUGCUGGUAGUGACGUUCCUCAUCCUCGUUUUAAUCCUGGUGUGCAUUGUAAAACGAAAUCGUGGCGGAAAGUAUGAUGUGUACAGUCAAGAGCUUCAUCACGGACCCCGUGACGGCGACGAAACCGGAUUUCACGAAUACACAAGACCGUUGGACGACAAAGCAAGUCAUGGUUCGCUGAGCAGCAGCAUUAAAGGCCCCGUGGAAAGUGACAAUGACUCUAUGGAGGAGUACGGCGAAGCUGGUGAAGCAGGACUGCACGAGGACGGGUCUUUCAUAGGACAGUACGGGCGGAAGGUCCCAGGGCAUCCGCAGUACGUACCACCGCCGCCGGCAACGGCGCCUGCCCACCACGCCCAGGAGCAGACAACGACAGGGUCCUAUGCGACCCUUUACGCGCCGAAAAAGAACAAGAAGGGCGAAGAAAAAAAGGCGUUGUCGCCGCUGCCGUCCUACGACGCCACGGCGCCCCCAAUGUCACCAAGCUUCCAAUUGCCGCUGUACGGUUCCGCCGUUUAA